UCUCGGGUUAGUUCUUCGCCCGUACACUCAUACACUGGCCAUAUUGCAACUCGACAUGGGAAACUCAAAGUUUGUAGCCCACUACUGGCGGCACAAAUGCCUCGCAGAGUCGCCAGAAGACGGAGAUAACGUUGACUCCAGCCAUCCCAACCUCAAGUACGACAGGUUCAGCUUCAUCAAACGGGCUCUCAAACAGGGAUCGAUAAUGGGAAGAAAAUGCGAAGUGGAAGGCUGCAAGUACGAGGUCAACGAGGCGACCGUUCUUGUCAACAAAGAAAUGGACGAGAUCCAAACGCUGGGCGGCAAGAACCUAUACCCCGAGCGAACAAGGGCCUACAAGAUGAAAUGCUGCAAGAGAGGGUGCCGGAACAAACACACUACCGGUCAUAGCACUGACAUCUCGACCUUCAGAGAACCCGGCGGCCACGGCUGCAGCCACGCACUCGACUAUCAAGACGCCAUACACAACUUCAAGAUAACACGCCGGCUCAACGGAUGUACUUGCGUCAUGAUCAACAAGUACGAAGAGGAGGUCGAGACCUGGGAGCCUGACGGUCAACCAAGGAAGCCAAUCCCCGGUGGCCCUUUGGACUUGGACAACAAAUACCACGAAAUGAUGGAAAAGAAGGCCGUCGAGUUUGCAGCCAACAGCUGAUCAUCGGACGAAAAUACGGAGCCGGAGAAUUGUGUGAUAUGAUAAUUCGAGUCCAACGAAACAAGCC